AUGCUUUGUCCUUAUUGUCCUGAAUUAUAUUCCAAAACAAAUCCUUUACCUCGUCAAUCAAACUCUGUCAUCUCUCUCUCUCUCUCUCUCUCUCUCUCUAUUCCACCUUCUCUUUCUCUUUUCCCCUCUCUCUCUCCAUCCUACCUUCUCUUUCUGCCCCACCUCUCUCUCCAUUCCACCAUCUCUUUCUCUUCCCCCCUCUCUCUCUAUUCCACCUUCUCUUUCCCCCUCUCUCUAUUCCACCUUCUCUUUCUCUUCCCCCUCUCUCUAUCCCACCUUCUCUUUCUCCCCUCUCUCUCUAUUCCACCAUCUCUUUCUCUUCCCCCUCUCUCUAUCCCACCUUCUCUUUCUCCCCCUCUCUAUAUUCCACCAUCUCUUUUCUUCCCCCCCCUCUCUCUAUCCCACCUUCUCUUUCUCCCCCUCUCUCUAUUCCACCAUCUCUUUUCUUUUUCCCCUCUCUCUAUCCCACCUUCUCUUUCUCCCCCUCUCUCUCUAUUCCACCUUCUUUUUCCCCCCCUCUCUCUCUAUCCCACCUUUCUUUCUCCCCCUCUCUCUAUUCCACCAUCUCUUUCUCUUCCCCCCCUCUCUCUCUAUCCCACCUUCUCUUUCUCCCCCUCUCUCUCUAUUCCACCAUCUCUUUCUCUUCCCCCCCUCUCUCUCUAUCCCACCUUCUCUUUCUCCCCUCUCUCUAUUCCAUCCAUCUCUUUCCCCCCCUCUCUCUCUAUCCCACCUUCUUCUCUCUCUCUCUCUCUCUCUCUUUUCGCUCGAUAUUGCUCAGUCUACAAUUCCUUUUGUUUUUUCUCUCAAUCCCAUUCUAGAUUGUUCUCAUUACAUCUCUCUCUUUCUCUCUGUGCCUCUUUGUCUCUGUCUGUUUGUCUCUCUCUCUCUCUCUCGCUCUCUCAUUUCUUACCAUCUCUUUCGCGCAUUCUUUUUCCUUUGUCUUUUCUUUCCUUCACUCAAUUUUCUUCCACAACUUUCAUUAAACCUCUUUCUCUCCAUUUCUUUCUUUCUUUGUUUCUUUCUUUAUCUUUCGUUUUCCUUCUUUCUUUCUUUCUUUCUUUCUUUCUUUCUUUCUUUCUUUCCGAUAUCCCUCUCUUUCCAUCCCUUUUGUUAUCUUCCUUUCUUUCCUUUUUUCUUUCUUCCUACAUCUUCGCUUUCUUUCGUUGUCAUUUUCUCAUCUUUUUUGAUCUCUCGACUUAUUUUUUUUGUACUUUCUUUCUUUCUCCAGAUUUCUCUUGCUAUCUUUCUUUCUUCCUCAUUCCUUCCCAUCUCUCUCUCUCUCUCUCUCUCUCUCUCUCAUUCUUUUAA